CUUUCUGGAUGUAAGUCUAUGUUUAGCAGAUGUUUAAAAAUUAUUUUAUUUUCUUUCGUUUUGAAGAUAGAUAUUCAUUUUGUUGCUUUUUAAAAGAAUGCUUGUUUUCUAGUAAAUUAGUUACAUGUAGGUAUGAUAGGUUAGAAAGUUCAGUAUUUAAUACAAGUUGCUCUCUGUUAUAUUUACUGGAUGGCCACCCACUGAUCAAAAGCUUCUCAAUUAAGUGGAGAAGUUACUUUAUGACUUUUCACUUUGUAUGAUUUUCGAUGCUGCUUCCAGGAAUGAGGAAAUUUGCAGGGGAGAGGAAAAUCAUUGAAAAUUAGCUAUUUUUUUCCCUUUUGACUGAUGGAUGCCUGGAUUGGAUUAAAAUGUGUUCCCGCAGUAGGAGAAAUCCCAAUUAGAUAUGGUUAUGGAAGACUGCAAUUUAUAAGCAUUUAUUUUGGAAUGUGCAAUUGAACUCUUUAGAAUAAUAGGAAACUGGGUUUGAAAUACUUUCAUUUAAAUGCAGCCCACUUAAUAUUUGAGUCAAGAUCCUUUUAUUUUUAAAUCCAUUCAAUCAAGUGGAACUAUUAUAUGCUUUUUAUGUUGCUGGUUUAAUCUUUCCACUCAGUCGAAGUUUACAGUAUUUCAACUUUUAUAUAUAAAAAGCUUUAAAUUAUUUCCUUCCAAAACUCAAAUUGUCAGAAUGUUUAAUAUAGAUCUUCAGGUAGCUUUUUACAUCAGAAACAUCUUCCCCUUUUUGAAGGGGAAUAACUUCUUUUGAUCUGCGUUGCAAUCUACAUUAUAUCUUUGGCUUUUUUAAUGGAACAUUAUAGCAUUAGUAGAUUAGUUGGUGAGGCUUUUAAAAUAAGAAAUAAUAAAAAAUACUGUGUAUUUUUUCUUACUAUAAAUGCUAUUAUAAUUCUAGAUAAUUGAUGCUUUAUGCGGGCAGAUUGACUUAAAUUCUUGGGCUUGCCUUAAUAAGUAACAGUUAUUUCAGACAGUCGUGGAUCCUUGACAGAGUACUUUACCACCUGCAGCCUGUAAUUUCUGGAUAGAUUAGGAACUAAUCCUUUUGGUAGUCCUGUGCUUAAAAUAUUUACAUUUGGAUUGUUUGGGCAUAACUCACAAUAUAGUAGCUAGCUAUAAAGCAUCUUAAAGAGUAGUAUAAAUAGGUUAUCCUUAAAGUACAUUUUUAGUAAAGACCAAUGCAAUCAAAUUAUUCAAAUAUGGAUAACCGUGGUUAGUGUGGAAUAAUUUUUAUUUAAUUAUUUAAGUAUUUUUAUCCUAAUUUUCAGUCCCUAACAUGAAACAUUUCUGAGUUAAGAACUUGAGCAAUUUUAUUGAGGUAAGCCUUGUUCCCUGAAUAUGUAUAGCGAGAGGCAGAAUCUCCUUGUCAUCUUGUAAAAACAACUGUGGAUCAGCUGCACUGACAUUAUGCAGAUAUAACAAACAUGUCAGUGAUCAAGUAAACAUUUUUGUAAAGACUAUAUUACACUAUCCCUCAUAAUGCUACAGAACUCUGGGCCUUGUUAGGUCAAAGUAUCAUUAUGUUUCUUGCCUUGCUUGAUUUGUUGUACCAGAUUGACAACUGAUGAUCAACUGGCAAUAUUUCACUUUCAGCAGAAGAAAAGGCCAGUUUUUGCUUAGCACACUCCUGUUUCCUCUUUUUCUUUUUGACUGAUUUGGUUAUUUGCCAUUUCUGGGGAUUAAACUUUAAAAAAUGUUCUUCUUUUCUGUAUCUGAUGUUCUGUGUGCUAUUAGUGAUGCAGCCAACACGAACGGUUGUCAUGUGUAACACACCUUUCGAUCACCGUGAAACAACGUCCUGCGAAAGCGUCCAUGCUUGAUAUCGUUUGGUUCAUGAACAUUAAGUUUCCAGUACAGGUAAAAUUCCAGAUGAAGCCAAAGCCCUCUCUCUCUUGGCUCCUGCUCCAACAAUGACAAGUCUGAUUCCUGGUGGAGGGUUGCUUCCUAUACCAACGCCUCCUGUGAGUUCAAUAGGAAUUUCCCUUGGUCCACUAGGAGCUAUACCAGCAACAGCACUGGAUAACAUUACAGCCAUUGGAGACAUACCCCAGCCACCCAUUAUGGGCAAUGUGGAUCCUUCCAAGAUUGAUGAAAUUAGAAGGACUGUAUAUGUUGGAAACCUCAAUUCCCAGACUACAACAGCUGAUCAGUUGCUUGAGUUUUUCAAGCAAGUUGGAGAGGUGAAGUUUGUGCGGAUGGCAGGUGACGAAACCCAGCCAACACGCUUUGCAUUUGUGGAAUUUGCUGAUCAGAAUUCUGUACCUAGAGCUCUUGCCUUUAAUGGAGUUGUAUUUGGAGACAGACCAUUGAAAAUAAACCACUCCAAUAAUGCAAUAGUGAAGCCACCUGAAAUGACACCACAAGCUGCUGCAAAGGAGUUGGAGGAAGUGAUGAAGAGAGUACGGGAAGCUCAGUCUUUUAUAUCAGCUGCUAUUGAGCCAGAGUCUGGAAAGAGCAGUGAAAGAAAAGAUGGUCGAUCGCGUUCCCAUUCCCAUUCACGUUCAGAAUCCAGAUCUAGUUCAAAAUCUCGAAGAAAAAGAUCACACUCAAAACGCAGGAGUAGAUCCCGUGAUAGAUCACGCUCUAGUCAAAAGGACAGACGCAGAUCCAAAAGUCCUCUCCCAAAGCGUUCAAAGUCUAAAGAAGAUCGCCGAAGAUCAAGAAGCAGUUCUCCUCCUCGGGAGAAGAGGAAAGAAAGCAAAGAGAGGAUUAGAGAAAAAGAAAAGAUUAGAGAGAGAGACAGAGAUAAAGAAAAAGAGAAGGAUAGAGAUCAAGAAAAGGAUAAGGGCAAGGAAAAAGAGAGAGGCAGAGAAAAAGAGAGAGGGAGAGAGAGGGAGAAGGAGAAGACCAAGGAUAGAGACAAGGACCGAAUGAAAGAUAGGGAGAAGGAGCGAGAAAAAGACAAAGAGAAGGAGAAGGACAAAGAAAAAGAGAAGGAGAAAGCAGCAGAUAUGGAAAAAGAAAAGAGAGAAGAUUUGGACAAAGAAGGAGAAAAAGAAAAGGAGAGAGAGACAGAAGGAGACAAAGAGAAGGAUGACAAAGAACACGUCAAAGAAAAGGAGGAAGACAAAGGAAAGGAGGAAGAAAAGGACCAUGAAAGAGAUAAAGAAGGAGAGAAAGCAAAAGACAAAGAAAGAGACAGAGACCGAGAAAGAGAUGAAAAAAAGAAAAAGGAGAAGAGAUCUAAAACACCUCCUAGAAGUUAUAGUUCCUCAAGAAGAUCACGUAGUUGUAGCAGAGAUCGAAGGAAGAGGAAGAGCCGAAGUCCUUCAAAGUCUCCCAGAUCAUCCAAAGUCACAAAAAGGAAAUCAUCUCGGUCUCCAUCUCCAAGGAGAAGCAAGAAAGACAAAAAGACAGAGAAGGAGAGAGAUGUAAGUAAUGAUCGAAGAAGAGAGAGGGAGAGGUCUACCUCAAAGCGAAAGAGUAGUAAAGACAAAGAAGUCAAAGAGAAAUCAGAUAAAACCUCAGUUGUGAAGGAUAAAGAUCUCAGUAAAGAGAAUAAAAAUUCUGAAAUCAAUAAAGCAACAGAAGGAGAGGAGACAACAAUUGCAGCAGAAAUUGAACAACAGAAUGGGAACUGCCAGCCAAAUGAAGAAACAAUCUCAGUUAAAACUGAAGAUGUGUAGAAUGUUGAAUGGGACAUUUGACCCAUUUUGCAAAAGAAAUACAAAACCUUUUGUCUCAUCUCCAAAAUACAUCCAAAAAGGAUACAACAUUAUUAAGCAAUCAACUGGACCUAUCAAAUUGUGCUUGCAGCUAUUCCAGUCUUGGUUGUUUGGUCACCUUGAGGACUGACAAGAAGCAGGACUACCAACAGGAUAUGCUGUGACAAAAGCACUGGUCAAAUCUUCCAAAAUAAAUGUAUUUCAUUGAUAAUAAAAUACUAGGAGAUUGCAAUGUACUAUCCUGAAAAGCUACCAAGGGAUGCAUUUGGAAGUUGUUAAAAUAUUUGUAGAUUGAUAAUUUUUGUUUUUCUUAUGGUUUAAAAACUAAACUCCAUGUGAUAUGUUUUGAUGAUGUGCUUGAAAAUGGUGCAGAAAUAAACAUAUUUCCCUUGAUGUUGUAAAUUACAAGUGAUGAAAAGUUUUAACCUAACACAGUUUUACAGUUGUGUUAUGCCCACAAAGGCAAGUGAAGAUUCUUUCCUCUGUUAUUUGUGACUUUCUUUUUAUAUUUUUAAAAACAUAAUUUACAACGUAAGUCUAAAAUUCUUCUCUUAACUAUAGCUGAUCAAUGCAUGCUAAUGUUCGGAUUCUGAAAAGAAGAUCCAUGUUUAUACUAGAGUUCCAUUCUUCCAGUUAUAAGCACAUCUAUAUAGUAAUUGCAAACAACUGACUUUGUCUUGAGUUGUAUUACAGGGUGCCUAGUCACUUGCAAAUAGAACAGAAACAGAAAGAUGAUUUUUUUUUUACUUUUUAAUGGAGAUGUAGAGCACAAGCUGAUGCUUUAGUGCCUUUGACACAGAGAAUAGUGAUUUCUAGUAACGUAGAGGUUUUUUUAAUUAUCUGUUUAUGAGUUGCUCUUUUUGAUGAUUCUAUCACACCAGUAGGCAAGCAUUUGAAAGAUGUCAGUCAUAUUAUCCAUUAGUUAUUUGAAAUAAUUUGAAGAUCUCUUGAUUUCAAGUUAAAAAAAAAUCCUAGUUAAUCUAAUUGCUGUUUAGGGACCAUAAAAAGUUGAGCAUGAUCCAGCAAAUAAUCCAGUUAAUCUAUACAUUUUUCAGAUCAUAUACUGAACCAGGGAAUUGAAUAGUGCUAAAUAAAAAUAAUUUACCUCUCGGCAGGACUGGAACAUAGAAAGCUCCCUUUAAAAGCAUGCAUCUUAUGGGCUAAAUGUAAGAGUUAUUUCUAUACAUUCUAUCACAAGUAAAGAAAUAAUUAAGAUUUCUGUUCUGUUUGAUAAAAAUCUGAAAGAAAAAAGCAUAUGAGCACAACUAAUUCUGGCCUCAUUGCAGCCUUUUAAAAUUUAAAGCAAAGGGUUGUGAAAUCAAGAACUAUUUGAAUACAAUGUAAUACAAUCAUAUGGCCUUAUAGGAUUAAAAAGAGGCAUGAAAAGCCAAAUAGUCAUAUAGCUUUCAGUUUGUGUUCUCAAUAUUUCUGUUUACGGAUAGAUAGGUGAGUAUGAUAAAAUGAAAGCUAUAAGAUUAGAGCCCAUAGAUUGUGACACUGCUUUAGUAGCUCAUUGUUGGGUGAGAUUUGUUUUGUUACAGUCUAAAGUUUUUCUUCAAAAAACCUUUAGUGAAUGCUUUACCAUGUAAAGUAUGGACAGUAAUUUUGUGAUGUUUAUGCCACAUGAAGUUGGCUCGCAAACAGCUUAUUCUGAUAAAGCAAUGACAAACCUCAUGCUUCUUGAAGGACUGAAAGAUUGUGUCUUGGAACAGCAGCUGUCAUAUUUAUGAUGUAUAAGUAGCAUAGAGCAAAGAUUGUAUACUUGCUAUCUUUGGUACCAUCACUAAUAAAUUUUAGUAUUUUAGAGGGAAGUAGUUUUGAUCUGCUUUUUAAAAUAAUGCCUGGACGUUGAUGAUCAUUUUCUACAAUAGCUACAUUUUGUUAUGUGGAUACUUUGGUUUGCAUUGGUACAUAGCAAAGUAAAAAAGAUGGAGCGCAGAGGAGAUACGUAUUAAAAUUUUACAACUUUUCAGUAUAAAGUAAUUGUCAGUACUUUAUGUUCCAAGUUUUUUUCAUAUAUUGCCAAAGAUGGUAUUACUUUAAUUUACAAGCAGAGGCUGAAAUGGUUACAAUUGGCCUAGUGAGUCUUUGAUUGGGAUCAGUUUAAAAUUAGUUAAUGUAGUAGCUGAAUAGGUUAAGGUUGUGUGAGUCUACAAUAAAAUCCUGUUAAAAUUG